UCAGCAUGAUAUCACUUCCUGGUUUGUUGCUAGUACCGUUGCAGCAGAGUGUAAACAUGGCGGGGGGAACGGUGGUGAAAGCAUUGCAAUUCAUUGUAACAAACAUGUACUACCAUAAACUUGUAAUUUCUUUAUUAAUUAGUACUGUAAGCGGUGCAAACUCGGGAUCAGACGGCCAGGUAUUGUCUGUCGCUGACGCCAACUGGACGCUGAUUCUUCAGGGAGAAUGGAUGUUGAAAUUCUAUGCUCCAUGGUGCCCAGCUUGUCAACAGAUACAGCCUGAAUGGGAGAACUUUGCAAAGGAGAGUAAAGCUCUUGGUAUCAGUGUGGGAAAGGUCAACGUUACACAGGAGCCAGGUUUGAGUGGACGUUUUCUUGUCACAACACUGCCAACAAUCUUUCAUGCCAAGGAUGGACUGUUCCGGAGAUACCUUGCUUCCAGGACUGUGGAGGACCUUCAGAGUUACAUUAUAGAAAAGAAGUGGGAAUCUGUGGAGCCUGUGCCAGCAUGGAAAGCUCCAUCUUCCAUUGUGAUGAUGGGAAUGUCAGGUGUCUUUCAGCUAUCAGUUUGGCUCAGACAUAUCCACAGCUACCUGACUGAGACGCUAGGGGUUCCUGUUUGGGGAUCUUAUGCUAUCUUUGCUCUUGUAACUUUGUUAACUGGACUUUUCCUUGGCCUGAUGUUAGUUUUAAUUGUUGACUGCCUUUGUCCAUCGAAGUCUAGAUACAAAGAAGUAACAACAGAAGUGUACAUGAAGGAGGAGCUUUCUGAUGAAGGACAGGACGGUGUUCCCACAGAAGAGAAGCAGCUGUCUGACGCUGAGGAUGAAAGAGAGAGCCUGAGUGACAAGACCUCGGGGGAGGAUUCAGCUGGUGAUGAGGCUUCCGGUCCUGAGGAGCUGGCAGUAGAUGCAAUUGAUGGCCUGCCCUCUGACAACACAGCCGACAGUGGAAUGAGGAAACGGAAACCUCAAGUACCGGAGUCGCUGAAUCUAAGCACAGGCACUUCAAGAUAGGAAAUGAGGACCAAAGAGAAAUACCACUAAGUGGUGGAUAUAUAAACAUAAUCAUUUUUUAUCAUGUAUAGUUUUAUACAGGAUGUAGCAAAGGGAAAUGUCUCUCUUUGUAUCAAGGUCUUUAAAUAUAUAUUUUUAGUGCUUGUUUCUUGCAUAUAAAAAAAAUGACAGGGAUGGACACACACUUUUUGCAUUCAGUGUUUAAAAAAUAUAGUAUUUUUAUUUUAUUGUUAACUUCCUACUAAUUUACACAAAUAAUCUCACAGUUAAUCUGUUUUAAAAAUGUUAUACUGAACAGCACAAGGUCUUAAAUUGAUCCCACUAAGUCCAAAUGAAUUAUAAAUCUGCACCAUGGAUUUUGUUGCUCCCAAUUAUAAAAAUGAAGUCUCCAUUUAGACUCUCCACUAAACUGAUAAAUUACACAUUUUAAAGACAUAUUCUGUCAGCAGUUUGGCAGUGCUGUAGGUCUGGCAUAAACCACUGUGGUUGAACACAUUAGUAGUUUACUGUGCUCUGUAUUCCAGUUCUUUUUUGAGAAUCAAAUAGAAUACUAUAUAUAGGAUUUGAACACAGAAACUAUAACCUGCCUUGACAAUCAGCCAUGGAUUUCAUAUUCAGUCCACCAUAUUCUGUUUCCAUGGCUUUUAAAUAGAGUUUGAUUAAGUAAUGGGUGGCAUUCCAACUAUCCAUUUUCUGUACUCCAUAGGCAACAUUUCAACAGGACUUCACCAUAGCUUACAUAGUUAAGUAACUCUACAACAUGUUAGCAAAAAACAUAUUUUAUGGCAGGUUUUUUUCUAUUGCUUUUUUUGGUUUGUUUGUUUUCUGUCAUAUAUGGCUGUAUGAAUGAAGAAAUUACAGUCCUGUUAGCACUCAUCAUUUUACAUGUGACCAGUUUAAAUGCCAAGUAGAUCAUUGUGGCCAGGAAGUUAAUUUUCAUUCUAACAGCAGGUAUGUCUUGAAUAUUUUACUGUAAGAAAUGUAAGAUUAGAGUGGAAAAAUACAAGACAAAUUUCAUGCAACUUUAUAGUUGUAGGGCAAUUCUCUAGCCGUGUUCUCUAUGUAAAGAUUAAAAGAACAGUAUUAAACAGUUGCUUCAGUAAUUCCCAUGAAAAGGUUGUGUUGUGUUUCAAGCACCAAUUCUACGUAUUCUUUAAUUCUUCAAUUCUUCAAUUAAAUGAUCAAGUUAAAACUACCGUGCCGAACUGGCAAUCCACCUGCGUUGCUUGAACUACUUAUUUCUUGUUAGCAUUAAAACAGUCUUCAGAUGUGACAGUUUUUGCUGAUGUUGAUUUGAAUAUAUAAAGUAGUGUGGUGUAACCCUUAAAUGUGCAUCCUGUUUUAAAUACAUGGGUUACAUCCCAUGUAUCACAUGCACAUAUUGUAUACAACCCAAGCAAAAACACCAUAGUACAUGAUAUAGAAUGCUAUAACCCAAGUGUAGUGUACAUUUCAUAUGUAAUGUGCAAUCAUUAUAUUGCAUGCAAAAAUCUCCUAAAACGUUUUAAGCUAUUGAGGAGUUGCAUACAAUAAAUCCCAUUUGCUGUGUAUGUUAAAUGUAUGAACAUGUUUAGCCAGUUUCAACCCUGAAUUCCCAAGCUUGGACAAAUAAUCCAAUUUUAGCUACAAUAAGUUAAAUAAAAUGCUGCCUUGGUUUGACAAAAGUAAACGUUGAAGUAAAACUGAGACCCACUUAUGGGUGUUUUUUUUUUAGUAAACCUCUGGAUAGGAAUCCCUUUGUAUCUCCCUCUGGUGGUAUAAAGUUGUACUGCAGAAAUCAAUAUAUUUUUCCAGAUAUUAUACAGAAUGUUGCUUUUUACUUCUGGUUAAAUUAAUUUAGUUACAUUUUUUUUUUUUUCUGGGUAUAAAGUUUAUUUUGGAAAUGAUAUAUUCUUGCUAUAAACAGAGUGAAUGUUUUGUUAAUACAAUCCAAACAAAUAUUGCUCUACAUUCACCUACUAGCCCAAAAACUCUUUUCCUCAGAAAUGUUUCAUGUCAAGUGCAUGUAUUAUUAUUAUUAUUAUUAUUAUUAUUAUUAUUAUUAUUAUUAUUAUUAUUGUUGUUGUUGUUAUUAGUCGUUGUAUUUUUUGUUUCAAAAUUGUGUUGUUGCUAGUAUAUAAUAUACAAUUGGCUAAGAUAAAAUGUUAUCUCCAUAAUCCAAAGAUUUAAAGAACAUUUAUUUUCUUUUGAUUUUUUACUACUGUGACCAUUUCCCAGGGCAUGGUUCAAUUUGGGUCAAGUGCAGUCCACUGAACAAAAGCUAUUGAAGUAGUAACAGUUACUUUAAAACUGCUAACUGUUCCUAAUUUAUUAGCACUGACUUUAUCCUUUGAAGUGUUAAUUGAGAUAGUAUUUGUUCAAAUCCCCACGCUUUCUUUGCAAAAGAAUCCUAUGCUCAGAUGCACAACUUUUCCUAACAAAUGAAGGCAGGCUUACGGUCAAAAUAAUUGAUAUUGGUAGGAAAGUGAUUAUGUAACGAUAUUUACUGUUCAUGUAUUUUAAUAUGUGUAUGUUAUCAAACCAACAGCACACUUCUAUGUUUAAAUGUGCAAUUCUGCUUUUAUUGUUUAUUAUGAUUCUUGUGUAUCUUGCCUUGCUACCUUACUGUCCAUUUUAAUAAAUACAAAUAAAAUUA